CUCGGACCAUUGCUCGCGGCGGGCGGGGGGGGCGCGGGCGAGGCGGAGGAGGAAGGAGCCGGCGAAGGAGGCGGGGGGGCGGUUUAAAGGGACAAGAGCCGUGCGGGCGCCGGCGGGGGAAGCCGGAGCGGCGGCGGGCGGGGACUCGCCUCCUUCCCCACACACGCCUGCUCGCACCGCGGCCGGGGUCGCCGCCGCCAGCGCCCCCAUCCCCUCCCUUCCCCUCCGCCCGCCGCUUCCACAGCGGCCUCUAUGAGGUAGAAGGGAGCGGCGGCCACUCCGGGGGCGGCAGCGGCCGCUACAGCCGCCGCCUCCUCCUUCUCCUCGCCUCAGAGCGCCCCAUCUUUGUGUGUGCGGGAGAAGGGCGGGAGGGAGUGCGCGCUGCCCGCCCGCCGCGCUUUGUUCGGAGCCGGGGGGCCGUGGCGGAGCCCCGGCUCUAUGUGCCAGCGGCUCCCCGGCGGCGGCGGCGUGAGGGGCCGGAGCCCCUGAGGGCGGGGGGGCCCCGGCCCGUGUCGGUGCUGCGGGGCGGGGGAAGGGGCCGGCUCGCUGCCCGCCGGCCCGGCCCGUGUGCGGGCGGAUUGAUGUGGGGGGGUCUGACAUGAGUCCGCCGGCGGCCGGGUGCUGCCAUGUGACCGGCUUCAAGGUGGAGAACUGGAAGCAGAACCUGCGGGCGAUUUACCAGUGCUUCGUGUGGAGCGGCUCGGCCGAGACCAGGAAGCGCAAGGCAAAGUCGUGCAUUUGUCAUAUGUGUGGUGCCCACCUGAACAGACUCCACUCUUGCCUCUACUGUGUCUUCUUUGGCUGUUUUACAAAGAAACAUAUUCACGAGCACGCGAAGACAAAGCGACACAAUUUAGCCAUAGACCUUUUGUAUGGGGGUAUAUACUGCUUUAUGUGUCAAGAUUACAUAUACGACAAAGACAUGGAACAAAUUGCCAAAGAAGAACAACGAAAAGCUUGGAAAUUACAAGCCUUCACCCCAACAGUGGUUUCUCACUACCAGUGUACAAUGACAGGCAUUGGAGAGAAGUAUUCAACAUGGGAGCCGACCAAGAGAGAGUUAGAAUUGCUACGACACAACCCCAAGCGAAGAAAAAUAACCACAAACUGCACCAUAGGUCUACGAGGGCUAAUCAAUCUUGGGAACACAUGUUUUAUGAACUGUAUUGUCCAGGCACUUACCCACACUCCACUGCUGCGAGAUUUCUUCCUCUCCGACAGGCACAAAUGUGAAAUGCAAAGCCCCAGCUCAUGUCUGGUCUGUGAAAUGUCUACGCUCUUUCAGGAGUUUUACUCUGGGCACCGAUCUCCUCACAUUCCAUAUAGGUUAUUGCACCUGGUAUGGACUCACGCACGGCAUUUAGCAGGGUACGAGCAACAAGAUGCACACGAGUUCCUCAUUGCUGCAUUAGAUGUGCUACACAGACACUGCAAAGGUGAUGAUAAUGGGAAGAAGGCCAACAACCCCAACCACUGUAACUGCAUCAUAGACCAAAUCUUCACAGGCGGACUGCAGUCGGAUGUUACCUGUCAAGUCUGCCAUGGCGUUUCCACGACGAUAGACCCGUUCUGGGACAUCAGUUUGGAUCUGCCAGGCUCUUCCACCCCGUUCUGGCCGCUGAGUCCAGGCAGCGAUGGCAGCGUCGUGAAUGGGGAAAGCCACGUGUCGGGCACCACCACCCUCACAGACUGCUUGCGAAGGUUUACAAGGCCAGAACAUCUAGGAAGCAGUGCCAAAAUCAAAUGUAGUGGUUGCCAUAGCUACCAAGAAUCUACCAAACAACUCACUAUGAAGAAGUUACCCAUUGUGGCCUGUUUUCAUCUCAAACGGUUUGAACACUCAGCCAAACUGAGGCGGAAGAUCACUACGUAUGUCUCGUUUCCACUGGAGCUGGACAUGACACCUUUCAUGGCUUCCAGUAAAGAGAGCAGAAUGAACGGGCAGUACCAGCAGCCGACGGAUAGUCUAAACAAUGAUAAUAAGUAUUCCUUGUUUGCAGUAGUUAAUCACCAGGGAACCUUGGAGAGCGGGCACUAUACCAGCUUCAUCCGGCAGCACAAGGACCAGUGGUUCAAGUGUGAUGAUGCCAUUAUCACCAAGGCAAGCAUUAAGGAUGUGCUAGACAGUGAAGGAUAUUUGCUGUUCUAUCACAAACAGUUCCUGGAGUAUGAAUAGCCUUAUCCAGCAGCUUGUCAGAUGUAAACAAGGAAGAAACAACGCAAGCCUUCUGAAUCGACACACAAACCUACCUGAAAUGAAAAGACCCAUUACAAACCAACUCGCACUGAGCUGUAACAGGACCUACUUGACACUGACUCACAGCCUGGAGAGUGAGAAAUGAACAAUGUCCGACGUGUGUGCAGUCCCACGAGGACAGAAAGGGGGAAAAGAGGCUGCAGUCAGUCACUUAACAGAGGAAAUAUAAAAUGAAAGGAAUGCUCUGGGUGGGGGAAAUGGGAGCAGAGGAGUCCGGGCACUGGUACAUCUCCUGUGUUCCUCCAAAAUGUGUGUGGGAAGGCAAAGGAUUCUACCCUCAUCUCCAUAAAGCAUCUUCUCCAUUUGGUGCUUCAGCUCCAACGACCAAUCAUAUAACAGUUAAAGUUUAAAAAUCCAAACCCAUUUUUUUAUGCAUAUGGGUCUGAAAGCAGUAGAGUGGAGGAGGAGGGGAUGAGACAACUAAAGGACUUUGCAAGUAUCUUUUUAUUUGUGAAUUUUAGUUAUUAAAUAAAUACAGUAUGAAACUA